UCGUGGUCUUUCUCCGGUACGGUUCGGGAGAACGUCCUCUUCGGCGGUGUUUAUAAUGAGGAGAAAUACCGGAAAGUACUACACGUUUGCGCCCUUCAAAAGGAUUUGCAAUUAUUUCCAAACGGCGACGCGACAGUAGUGGGCGAAAGGGGUGUGUCAUUAAGUGGUGGCCAAAAGGCUCGCAUCAAUUUAGCCCGAGCUCUGUAUAGGGAGGCAGACAUUUAUUUACUGGACGACCCGCUCAGUGCCGUUGACACAGCCGUCGCCAAACACAUCUACGAAAAGUGCAUCCGAGGCUAUCUGCGGGACAAAACGGUACUUUUGGUUACGCAUCAGCUUCAGUACAUCGCUGACGCCCAUCAGAUAGUUGUGCUCCGGGAGGGCCGGCAACAGGCGAUCGGCACAUACCAAGAGUUAGUGAAUUUGGGCAUUGAUUUCAUCAAUACAUGUGGCGAGAAAAGGGAGGACAAUAGUCCAGACACUACACAAGUGACCAAAAAUAAACCAAUACGUCGGGUGUCGGGCACCGGAUCCAAGCAGACAGUACAGGGCGACCACGAGCUCCGAGAGGACAACCACAUUGUCGGCGAAAAGCCACAAAUCAACGCUUCCGGCGGCGAACAGCAAACCAUGGGCUCCGUAACGGCCGGUGUCUAUUGGUUGUACGCGCGGUCGGGCGCCGGUAUACUAACCCUAACCAUCAUCAUCGGGGCCAACGUCUUAACCCAACUGCUAUUUAAUGGCAGCGAUUACUUGCUGUCCCUCUGGACGGACAGCGAACAGCACCUGUACCAACACGAGUGGGUACGUGGGCUCUCACGGCGGGCGAUGAUCAUCACGUUUGGUGCCCUAAUGGCCGGUCUAUUGGCCGUAUCGCUGAUCCGUACGGCGCUAUUCUUCAGCUCCUGUAUGCGAGCGUCGGUUACUUUACACAACCGGCUGUUAAAUAGCCUAAUGCGGGCGCCGAUCGCCUUCAUCGACGACCGACCCAUUGGUGUCCUAUUGAACCGAUUCGCUCGGGAUAUAGGACUCGUCGACGAUCUCUUACCGGUGACCGCUUUCGACGCCCUCCAGAUCGGUGUCCAACUGGUGGCGCCGGUAACUCUGGCCCCGACAGCCGCGUUGGCAGUCAUUUUCUACUGUUUGCGCCGGUAUUACAUACCCAGCGCUCGGGCUGUGAAACGGCUGGAGGCCAGCGCCCGGUCGCCCUUAUACUCGCAUCUAUCAAACACUAUGUAUGGGUUGGCGACUGUGCGAGCGUUUGGCGCCGAGACUACCUGUGCGGACAUGUUUGACGGCCUACAGGACGGACACACCGGCGCCUGGUUUUUGUUUCUAUCGGCCAUCCGCUGGUUUGGCAUCGCUCUGGACGUGUUGUGUUGGCUAUACGUGGGCUCAGUCACCGGCUAUAUGACAGCCCAAUCGGACAACCCGUCGAUGACGGCCAGCGUCGUCGGGCUUACAGUGUCCACAGCCCUGUCGUUGUCGGGCGUAUUCCAGUGGGGGGUCCGCCAGUCGGCCGAACUCGAGAGCCAAAUGACAUCAGUCGAGAGGGUCGACGAGUACAGUCACAUCGCGCCGGAGCCUAACCUGAAGACCGGCCCCGAAGUCCGGUCACCGCCCAAAGGCUGGCCCCGGGAGGGGGUCAUAGAGUUCAGAGACGUUAGCCUAAGGUAUAGCCCAUCGGACCCACCGGUGCUCAACAAUCUGAACGUUAGGAUUAAUGGCGGCGAGAAAGUGGAUAUAGUUGGCCGCACGGGCGUCGGCAAGUCGUCGCUAAUCACCGCCCUCUUCCGACUGAUUCCUCCCACCGGCGGUGCGGUAUUCAUCGAUGGCGUCGACACCGGGGCUGUGAGUUUGGCUGCUUUAAGGGGCGGGUUGUCUAUUAUACCGCAAGACCCGGUGCUGUUCGCCGGCACUGUGCGGCUCAAUAUGGAUCCGUCAGGCGAUUACGGGGACAACCGUUUGUGGGAAGCGUUGGAUGCCGUGUGUCUUAAGGAGCGGGUGUUGGCAAUGGCCGGCGCUCUGGACGCCCGGGUGUCCGAAGGGGGCGACAAUUUUAGUGUCGGUCAGCGCCAGUUGCUAUGUCUGGCCCGGGCUUUACUCCGACACAAUCGUAUACUAGUGUUGGACGAGCCGAAACCCAACCAGCAAAAUAAAUUCAAACAAUGA